CGGACGAGUCCUCAGGGCCGAUCAUGCCGUACCUUCGGAAUGGGCAAGUGAUCGAGCAACGCUCCUUCAUGGAGGAGCUGCUCAAUCUUCCGAACCAGGUCUACGCUCUCAUCGCCUUUUUCUUUGCGACGCUGUUCAAUCCAGAUGCGAUCAAGCAAAAGGGAGCGCCGCGGCGGCAGGUGCCUGCUCCCUCGCCUGUGAGCGCGCGCCCCACCCUCGUGUGACCUCCGAGCAUGUGACCCUCCCCCCGACGCAGGUAGUAGCAUUACGGGCGGCGGCCCCGCGGGUGGGUGAGGCUCGUAAAUCGUGUGCCACGCGCACACGGUAUUGCUGCCCGGCUGCCAAAGCGCCACAUGAUGCGUGCGCGGACAGCCCAAUACGGGGCCGCGCAUGUGGAGGCAAGCGCGCACGACUCGCACCAUGGCUCUCUUAUGCUGCCAUUGGUGGAGAGCUCAGGCUAGGCAGGGCAGAUUAGUGGGGUUCGCCACGAGGGGUUGCUUGUAUGUCGGAUGUCGCCAAGGCGGGGGGCUAAGAGGAGGGGGGGGAGGUCUCUGGCAUAGAGUGUGUAUACAUUAAAACCGCUGGGGGUCGAUGCCCAGAUCACCCCCUUCUGACGUUG